UGGCUGGGAAUGAACUUGUAUCUCUUUAUGGUCACAUUCCGUUGGUAUGAAGAGGAGGAGUCUUUUCUCUACACACGAGUUAUUUUGGGGUCGACACUGGCUUGGGCAAAAGCAUCUGCACUGUGCCUGAAUUUUAACUGCAUGUUAAUCCUGUUGCCCGUCAGCCGAAACUUCAUUUCAUUCGUGAGAGGAACAAGCGCUUGCUGCAGAGGACCAUGGGGAAGGCAACUAGACAAAAACCUCAAAUUCCACAAGUUAGUCGCCUAUGGAAUAGCUGUUAGUGCAGCCAUCCACAUCGUGGCCCAUUUGUUCAACCUGGAGCGCUACCACUUGAGCCAAUCGGAGGAGGCCCCUGGACUUCCGGCUGCACUUUCCAAACUUGGCAACAGCCCAAAUGAGAGCUACCUCAACCCCAUCCGGACCGCCGGCACAAACCCAGUCAUUGAGUUGCUAACGACAAUAGCAGGCAUUACUGGCCUGGUGCUCUCGCUGGCUUUGAUCCUGCUCAUGACCUCCUCUACUGAGUUCAUCAGACAGGUGUCCUACGAGUUGUUCUGGUAUACACACCAUGUUUUCAUCAUCUUCUUUAUCAGUCUGGCUCUCCAUGGGGCAGGUCGGAUUGUUCGAGGUCAAACUCCAGAGAGCCUCUUGCUACACAAUGUCACCUUCUGUAGAAACCACUAUGACAAGUGGCACGCAGUCGCCCAGUGUCCCAUGCCUCGAUUUUCUGGCAAGGAACCCUCGGCUUGGAAAUGGGUUUUGGGACCCGUGGUCUUGUAUGCUUGUGAACGAAUAAUUAGGUUCUGGCGAUUUCAGCAAGAGGUUGUCAUUACCAAGGUGAUAAGUCACCCAUCUGGAGUCUUGGAACUUCGCAUGAAGAAGCGUGACUUCACAAUGGCUCCAGGGCAGUACAUCUUCAUCCAGUGCCCGGCCAUCUCCCUGCUGGAGUGGCAUCCCUUCACCCUCACCUCAGCCCCCCACGAAGACUUCUUCAGUGUGCACAUCCGGGCAGCAGGAGACUGGACAGAAGCUUUGUGUGAGGCCUUUGGGGCACAGGGACAGGACCUGAAGGAUCCCUGUAGCUUGCCAAGGCUGGCCGUGGACGGGCCAUUCGGAGCUGCUCUGACGGACGUGUUCCACUACCCCGCGAGUGUGUGCAUUGCAGCCGGAAUCGGAGUCACUCCCUUUGCCGCACUUCUGAAAUCUCUAUGGCACAAAUGUUGUGAUUCCCAGAGCCAGCUGAAGCCAAGCAAGGUGUAUUUCUAUUGGAUCUGCCGGGAUGCAAGGGCAUUUGAGUGGUUUGCUGAUCUCUUACUCUCGCUGGAAACACAGAUGAGCGAACAAGGGAAAGCUCACUUUCUGAGUUAUCGUAUAUUUCUCACUGGCUGGGAUGAAGACCAGGCUCUUCACAUAGCUUUACACUGGGAUGAGAAUACUGACGUGAUUACAGGCUUAAAGCAGAAAACCUUCUACGGGAGACCUAACUGGGACGACGAAUUCAAGCAGAUAGCCUACAGUCACCCCAGCAGCAGUAUCGGCGUGUUUUUCUGUGGACCCAGAGCUCUCUCAAAGUCGCUUCAAAGGAUGUGCCGCUUGUAUUCAUCAGCUGACCCCAGGGGUGUACAUUUUUAUUACAGCAAGGAAAGCUUCUAGACGUCGGAGGUUUUCAAUCACGUUAUUGACUUCAGAUACCUCCGGCAGGGGUUCCUGUGACUGCCUGUUAAUAUUAGUGUCCACCCGGGAAUCCUUUAUGACAGCUAGCCAUUGACAACAAUAUACCGCAUCAGACUGCCUUAGCUUAUGAAUAGCAUGCCGAACACAAUAGAGCUAAAACGUUUACUGAAAUUAAAACAGAUUAUGUUUUUCAAAUGCUUCUUAUCAUUUAGAUUGUCAUUCUGUCACAAAAGAAAAUUAAAUUGGUCUGACGUGUUUUGUCUUACAAAAUCAGGCAGCCAUGUAAGCUUUCCAAAUAUUUCUAAAUUAUGAACUGAUCAUCAAUGGAUAUGUAUUCUAUGAGUUCUGAGGAAUAUACUCUUUAGGUUUAAAAUGCUGAUUAUAGUCCAUAAUAUCACAAAAAUGUUUCUACUAACUCUGCCCUGUAAUUUCUCUGUAUAUUUAAGUAUUGCAUGAUACAUAUCAUUGAAACUUUACUAAUGUUAAUACAGCCAAUCAUUCUGUGCAAUUAUUUCCCCAUUUAGAUUUGAAUCAGCCUUUGCAACUAGCAAUGUCUAUAGUCAAUCUAUCCUUUAACAGGAAAAUUAAAUAUAUUGGAUUUUGUUCUCUUGGUCAAAUUCAAUUAUUGUUUUUCUUGAUCUGUGUAUUUGAAAAUAAAAUAUACUUUUUGGUCCACUGAUUUUUGUCUAAUAAAU